CAGGCUUCUGUCGAUCGGAACCGCUGCUCGGUGCGCGCAGUUCUCGCGCAAACCUAAACCGGACGAGACGUCUCGUGGUUGUCGCGCUGUUUGGCUUGGCUUGGCGUUCGUCGACGUGCUUCAGAUGUUUCCUGUCAAUCGUAUAUUUGAAAAAAUAUGAACAAUCCGUCCAGCAGCAACAGCAGCAGCAGUUGCAGCAUUUCCAGUGGUAACAGUGAACAGUACAAAUUGUGUUCUUCCAAACAUAGUAUGCGCUUCGCGGAACAACCUAUAGUGUGCUAGCCAGUUGAUUGGCCUCGUGUAACUCUUUGUGCGUUGUACAAAACAUUCGCGGUUGGUCUGUUCGGUUUUCGGUGCCCAUUAACUUAUGCGCAUACACCGGUGACAUCGUUAUCGUGAACCGUGAGCGUCAUUUAGCAACAACAAGCCUGCAGUAAAACCAAAACACUGACCAACGAAAUACAACGCACAUCGCAUCAUGGAUGUCUCUUUUGACAACAUUACCUACACGGUAUCCAUCGGUAAGCGAGAGAAAAAACAUGUCCUUAACGGCGUCUCGGGACGGUUCCAGUCUGGUGAGCUGACCGCCAUCAUGGGCCCGUCCGGGGCCGGCAAAUCAUCCCUGCUUAACAUCCUGACCGGUUACAUAACGCAAGGCGUCAAGGGGAAACUCUCGUUCGGUGGCAAUGGUCACAGCAACCGGAAGCUGUGCAGCUACAUCCUGCAGGAGGACUAUCUGCAACCCCUGUUCACCGUCGAGGAGAUCAUGGUGAUGGCCUGCGAUUUGAAAGUUUCAUCCAACAGUCUCAACCGCACCGAAAAGCAUCGGCUGAUUGACAACAUUCUCGACACGCUGCAUCUGAGCUUCUGCAAGCAGACACGCUGCGGCAGCCUGUCCGGUGGCCAACGGAAACGUCUAUCAAUCGCACUGGAGCUUAUCGAUAAUCCGCCGAUCCUUUUCCUCGACGAACCAACGACUGGACUGGACAGUUCGUCUUCGCUCUACACCAUCAAGCUGCUACAAGGAUUGGCCCGGGAAGGCCGCACCAUCGUUUGCACGAUCCAUCAACCGUCCGCCACCGUUUACGAAAUGUUUGACCACGUGUACGUGCUGGCCGAUGGGAACUGCGUGUACCAGGGAACCGCCCUUAACACCGUCCCAUACUUGCGCUCCGUCGGACUCCACUGUCCACCGUACCACAAUGCGGCCGAUUAUCUACUGGAGGUGACGAACAAGGAGUACGGUAACUUCACGGACUCAUUAGCAAAGGCCGCAACUGAUCCUAGCUGGCGGUUAGUGGUACCAACGGUCACAGUGUUACCGCCACCACCACCACCAACCUACGAUAGCAAUCACAAUGAUGCCGAGUACCAGGGUGGACACCGGAUAAUGGAGGAACUGGAAGCGAUGGACGCGGCACUACCGUUGACGAUGGAAACGACCGGUCUCCCCGUGAAACCGGGCCAACCACACCGCAAACCGUCCGAGUUUGCCAAACUGUUGAUUCUGAUGAAGCGCGCCAACAUUCAGCUGUAUCGGGAUUGGACCGUGACGCACUUGAAGCUGUUCGUGCACAUCGUGUGUGCGAUCGUGAUUGGGCUCUUGUUCGGUGACUCUGGUAUUAACGCCACGAAGUCGAUCUCCAACGUGGCCUCGUUCCUGGUACACAUCCUGUAUCUCUGGUACACGACACUCAUGCCGGGCGUGUUAAAGUAUCCGUACGAGAUGAACAUCUUGAAGAAGGAAUCAUUCAACCGGUGGUACAAGAUCCGGACGUAUUUCGUGGCCUCCAUGUUAACCUCGUUGCCGGUGCAGAUCUUCUUCACCAUCGUGUACGCAUCCAUCGUGUACUCGAUGACGUCGCAACCGUGCGAACUGGAACGGUACCUGAUGUUUACCGCCGUCCUCGUACUCAACACAAUCGUAGCCGAUGGGUUCGGUCUGUUUCUUGGAACAUUCCUUAACGAAAUCAACGGAACGUUCAUCGGGGCCAUCAUGACGUGCUUUAUGUUUGUGUUUUGCGGUUUCUUCAUCAUGUUCAGCCACAUGUCGGAAGCGAUGCGUGGCAUCAGCUACCUCUCGUCACACCGCUACGGCUUCGAAGCGCUCGUCCUCACAGCCUACGAUGACAAUCGGGCCGAUCUGGUAUGCCCGGGCGACCAGAUCUACUGUCACUACGCGAAACCGAACACGAUGAUGCGCGAGCUCGGUGUCGUCCCUGGGAACUAUCUGUUCAACGUCGUCACGCUGGUCGUGCAUUUCGUCGCCAUCAAGUUGGCCAGUUUUUGGACGCUUAAGCGAAAGCUCCGGUUCGGUUGAAGAGUACCCCGGCCGGCCAUGGUGCCACCCGAGGAAACCCGAGGGGUCGUUAGCGGUCAGCAGGCUGGCUGUAAUGGACGACACGAUGGACGCGAUGGAAGCAAACACACAAACACACUUCUUGUCACAUGAACUUAAGCACGGUGAGGCGAUAUGCACCCGGCAUAGGAUGUUGCCAUAGCGGAAGCGGAACGGAAAACUGGGAGCUCGUAAGACGGGGGCUCCAUUUAGGUGUUAAGUGGAAUGGAAUUGUGAUUAACUAUGAUACUUCUGUAUUGUUUCUCUUCCUUGUACUUUAACCGGACAGAGCCGUUUUGUUUUUGGAACGUUCUUUGGUUCUUUUCGGUGAAUCCCGGUGUCCGCGGGGUUCAGUUUUAGUUCUUAGAACACACUCACACACACGCAUACACACACUUAGAUCCUUAGGAAAAGGAGUGGCAGCAGGGUGCAAACAAAAGAUUUAAGGUACAAAUGUCCUGUUCGCAGCGUUGCAAACGGGAGGAAGCACUGUUUUUUUUUUGGCAGCACCAGCAUAUUUUCGGGAAUCAAUAAACGCAGUGGCAGUGGGAGCGAGUUUAUAGGCAAGGCUGCAGGCUGCAAACAUA